AUGCAUACCACAAACGGCAACGGCAUAUCGGAUCCCCAGGAUUAUCAAAAGAUAUUCCAUUGGGCCGAGACACAGAAGGAUGGAAGUAUCCCUUCGUUCCGCACAAGGCACAAUGACCCUUAUCAGUAUCAAGCCGGAUUCGGCAACUCAUUUGAAUCUGAGGCUGUUCCUGGCACUAUUCCACAUGGCCAGAACAACCCACGCAACGUGCGAUUUGGUUUGUACGCUGAGCAGCUCACCGCCACUGCCUUUGUGGCUCCACGACACGCCAACAAGAAGGCAUGGUUGUACCGUGCACGCCCGGCCGUUGCGCACCAGGGUUUUACCGAAAUGCCAGACAAUGAAGACACCGAGUCCAACUUCCUUCCACUGAACCCUCGCAUUCAUGUCUCCCCCACACAGCUGGCAUGGCACCCAUUUGAGAUCCCGGAGACUGGUGAGGUCGACUUUAUCUCCGGUCUCAAGACAAUUGCCGGCUCCGGAGACCCUACUCUUCGUGAAGGUAUCGCGACCCACGUCUACGUUGCAAACACGAGCAUGACCAAGAAGGCAUUUGUCAACUCCGACGGCGAGUUCCUGAUCGUCCCCCAGCAGGGUGCCCUGGAUAUCCAGACCGAGUUCGGUAAACUUUAUGUCCAGCCUGGUGAGCUAGUCGUUAUCCAGCGUGGUCUUCGCUUCCGUGUCGAGCUGCCCGACGGCCCGUCUCGUGGAUACAUUCUUGAGGUCUGGGGAACCUGCUUCGAGCUUCCGGAGCUGGGUCCUCUGGGUGCUAAUGGCCUGGCCAAUGCACGGGACUUCUUGAGCCCUGUUGCCCAUUAUGAGAUUACACAGGAACCCUGGGAGAUUGUUUAUAAGCUAGGUGGAAAGUUCUUCAAGAGUACCCAGAACCACAACCCAUUCGAUGUGGUUGCCUGGCAUGGAAACUACGUUCCGUAUAAAUAUGACCUGACCAAAUUCGUCAAUGUCGGAUCUAUUUCUGUAGACCACAUUGACCCGUCCAUCUUCUGCGUCCUCACAGCCAAGUCACGCGAUCUGAACGCUCCAUUGGCCGAUUUCCUCACCUUCUCCCCAAGAUGGGAUGUUGCUUCCCACACCUAUCGACCACCAUACUAUCACCGCAAUGUCGCAUCAGAACUAAUGGGUCUGAUCUACGGCGGCUACGGCGGCCGAUCCGACGAAUUCAAGCCGGGCAGCGUAUCUUUCGAAUGCGGGAUGGUACCCCACGGUGUUGCCUACGAAGAAUUCAAGGCUGCUAGUGAUAGUGUGCCGCCGGAGAUGCGGAUCUCCGAGGCUUCAAUUGCCUUUAUGUUCGAGUCAAGUCGGCCUUUUACUAUUACUGAUUAUGCUUGGAACAGUGAUAAGAAGCACGAGCAUGAGCCUAAGAUGUGGGAUAACUUGGUUGAUAACUUCUCCAAGCAUGCUAAGGAGGUUGAGGCUAUUUUGGCGAAGGUGAAAAACUAG